AUGACUCCAGUAAAAUUAAGCAUCAAGUAAACAAAAGUGGAAAGCGACCUACUCUUUUAACUUGUCUCACUAGUGCCUAAAUGUAGUAAAGGCUGCUUAAGUUUCGUAUGUAGUUGGAUUUUUUUGGAGUCCGAAGGUAUCCAUCAGCAGACUUUGAGGGCCAAAUUGAAUUUGGAUUCAAGUGGAUUCUAAAUAUUUCUGCUUACCUUGAAGGGAGAAGCUUCUUAAAGAAUAAACAAGUUGAAUAGAGGAAACACUGAUCGAUAAUAGGCAUUUUAGUGGUCUUUUUAAUGUUUUCUGCUGUGAAACAUUUCAAGAUUUAUUGCUUUUUUUUUCAUUUUCCCCAUCACACUCACACACGCAUGCUCACACUUUUUAUUUGCCAUAAUGAACCGUCCAGCCCCUGUGGAGAUCUCCUAUGAGAACAUGCGUUUUCUGAUAACCCACAACCCUACCAAUGCUACCCUCAACAAGUUCACAGAGGAAUUUAAGAAGUAUGGAGUGACAACUUUGGUUCAAGUUUGUGAUGCUACAUAUGAUAAAGCACCAGUUGAAAAAGAAGGAAUCCACGUUCUAGAUUGGCCUUUUGAUGAUGGAGCACCACCCCCUAAUCAGAUAGUUGACGAUUGGCUAAACCUACUAAAAACCAAAUUUCAUGAAGAGCCAGGUUGUUGUGUUGCAGUGCAUUGUGUUGCAGGACUGGGAAGGGCACCUGUGCUGGUCGCACUUGCUUUGAUUGAAUGUGGAAUGAAGUACGAAGAUGCAGUUCAGUUUAUAAGACAAAAAAGAAGGGGAGCAUUCAGUUCCAAACAGCUGCUUUACCUGGAGGAAUACUGACCUAAGGUGUGAUUAUGCUUCAGAGAUACCAAUGGGCAUUGCUGCGUUCAGUAGAAAGAAAUGUAUAAGAAGGCUGACUUGAUAGUGGCAUUUAGAGGGAACUCUUGGUACCUGGAAAUGUGAAUCUGGAAUCUUAACUGUGUCAUCAAAGUAGUGAUGGAUUCAGUACUCCUCAACCAUUCUCCUAAUGAUUGGAAAAAAAGAAACAAA